AUGGUGCGGUUGCCACCACGCUGCACGGCGCUGCUGGCCCUCUUCAGCGUCGCCGCCCUCUGCGACAAUGCUCACGCCAUUAGGCGCUGUCGGAGGCAAGCCGCGGCGACAGGCAACCCGGCAGGCUUGCCAUUCGAUGGCCCUCAGGCUUCAGACAACGGGCGAAUAUCCAACGACCGUCCCACCGGGCCGCCAUCGCCAUCCCAGCUGCCAUACUCGGUUCCGGACAUCUCCAACUUCAACCCGACGGUCGGCAAGUUCGCCUCCGUCGCCGGGGACUACGCAGCCAGCAUGUGCACCUACCUCGGCGCCAAUCUCCCUGCCUUCUUCAACGACGUCUACAGCCUCAACUCGAGCUUUGCGCAGUACUACCCUGAGGGGAGCAACCCGUCGAUCGAGCUGCUGACCGACGUCUACCCCGACGGCGUCCUGGACCAGAGGACCGAGAGAAAGCUGUCCGGCAUCCUCUCUUCGCUCGGCAGCGACGUCGACAUCAAACGCGACUUCGGCUACGGUAAGGCCAACACGCGCGCUGCCGGCAACGGACCGCUCGGAGGUCUGCCCGCCUUCUGCCGGCUCGGCGGGUUCAUCCAGACUUCCCAUGCGACGUGGACCUUCUUUGAAGCGUGGCUCCCGCUGGCCAGCGAUCCAAACAUACCUCUGGUCCCGCCCAAUGUGACCGACUUUCCGAGGAACAGCACGCCGAUCUACCUCGGACCAAAAGGCGAAUUCCUCCAGGCCCCAGCGAACCUCGGAGAUCUGAACACCAACGAUCCGAGCGAGAACGGCAUCGCCUUCGACGACCCUGACGAUCUCGACGACGACACCGGGCUCGAGGUUUCCGACAGCACCAAGGACAUCGGCAUCGCCAACACCGGUCUGAAGAGGCGGGCAGCGCCGCCUGCUGCCCCAAACGCGACCCUGCAAGGCGACGCAAUUCUGGGCAACAGCGACGGUUGGAACGGCCGCAUCUUCUUCGUGGGCAACGGGGCCCAGCGAGGAUUCGUCCCCAUCCCGGAUCUCAAGCAGAUGAUGAGCCGGUAUCGCUUUGCGGUUAUGGGCUCUAACCUCGGCCACUUCGGCGGCAGCUCCGAUGUCGGCUGGGUGGCUGGGCCCCAGCCCGUCCGCGAGGAACGGCUGAUGGACUUCAUCGGAGGCCGCUCCCAUGCCAUAGUCCUCGAUGUCGGCCGUGGCAUCGUCAAUCUCUUUUACGGACCAGACAGCGGCGUCCGGAGCGGCGAUGGGGACAAGAGGCACGUCCGAUCCUACGUGGCCGGCUGCUCGGUUGGCGGAGCCGGGACCCUUUCGGCCAUCCUCAACUAUCCGGACUCCUUCGACGGCGCCCUAGCAGGCUGUCCGGCGGUCAACUUCACCGCACUCAACUAUGCACAGAUCGGGCUGCAGGCCCGGCAUCGCAAGUCGGUCGCAGGUCCGGCGUACUUCUCCGAUCAGACAUUUCAGAGCCUGGUUAGGACGUCGGUGCUGCAGGAGUGCGACCAUCUCGACAAGGUCACCGACGGCGUCAUCACCCUGCCGGAGCUUUGCACUCCGAACUUUGGCCCUAUCCUCUGUCGCAAGGGCCAACAGCCAAGCGACGGGUGCCUUAUCGCGGACCAGGUCCUCAACCUCGCUCGAAUCUACCAGCCAACCAUGCUGGAAGGACAGCAAGUCUAUCCGGGUUUUUUGCCAGGUGCCGAAGAGUCUGGCGACGUUCUCGAGGGCGAAGCGCACAAGGCGAUCCACUGGCUGCUGCUGGCCGACAAGGGCGAACUCAACGUCACCAAGCAAGAGAACAGGGAUGCGUACGCGGACCUCUUUACGCUCGACGAGAUCCGGCAGUGGCAGCAAGCCGACCUGAUGGGCUCGGAUGUCUCCAAGACGAACCUUGCGCCCUUCUUCAAAAACGGCGGCAAGCUGAUCCACUACGCCGGCCUGGCGGACCUCCGCAUCAGUCCGCUGGCCAGUCGCAAUUACUACAACCGCGUCCACAGCGACAAAGAAAACGCCGGUAUCGACAUCGACCAGUCCUACCGGUACUUUGAGAUCCCCGGCAUGAAGCACUGCCGCGACGGAUCGGGGCCAUGGCAGAUUGGAGCGGUGACGCAGACGGAUCCGGGCAAUCGCCCGCUGCGGUACGACUCCGAGUCCGACGUGAUCCUCGCCCUCGUCGCCUGGGUUGAGCGUGGCAUCGCGCCGCAGCACCUCGUCGGCGCGUCAUACGCUGCACGCAGCGCCCAGUUGCCCACAAAGAAGCCGGACCCGGACCACAACCGUCUUCCGGUCGAGCUGCGAUCCUACGAGUACGGCGUCGCCUUUUCGAGGCUCAUCUGCCCCUACCCCCUCCGGCCCGUCGCCAAAAAAGUGGCGUCCACCGCCGCCUUCACCGGUCCGGACGCUCAUUUGAACUUUGAGUGCAAGAACGUCGACCUGCCCUCUGCCGCCCCUGCGAUCGCAUCUGCCCCGAAAGCGGUGUUGGCGACGCACGUGUUCCUCGUCACGCUCGCGCUACUUCUGCUGCCGUAG